AUAGGUUCUCGUGGGGGAGUUAUCUAUGGAGUAAAACAUACCCUAAAUUGUCGGGUAUGUUUAAGAAAUUUGAGGAUUAUAUGUCCAACCAUCCAACAAAAGUGAUUGUGUACACACUAUCGGGUUUUGUUAUUCCGUUGAAGAUAUGGAUAUGGGAGAUGUUUCUAGCAAUCCGGGGAAAUGGUGCGAUACGACAAAAUUAUUUAUAUCCGUGUAUAUUGCACUGGUUUCAUAUUAGGAGGUUAACUUGGGCAUGGGUCUGCGAUCUUUUCGAUGUUGAUCGGGACGAGGCGCAUCAACCGAAAAGAAAGAUGAUUGCAUCAGAUGCCGAUGCCUCUACUCCACAUUAUCUGUCAUAUAUUUCUAGUCUGAAUUGUGAAUUGUCUGAAGCCUCAUCUUCUGUACGCUACAACUUUAGAAAUGAUGGGGCAUCUUUGUCAAAAACAAACUGUGGAAACAACCAAUCUUCCAAGUCUUCCAAGAGAACUCAUACGGUGGAACUUACCAAAAAGACCGCGCGAGAAAUAAUUUCAAGACUUGAAUCUUUGGAGGAAGAAAUUUUAGGAAUGAAAAAUAAAGGUGGUAGUCGAGACGGUGAUGAUUUUGAACAGUUUUUUAAUGACGCUUUUGAGGGGAAUAAGGAUGUGGUAUAUAGUCCACAAAAAUCAAAUCUAGUUAACAAAGAUGAUCAUGUUGGUAAUUCACCAGGGGAUGAUUCUAGAAAACAAAUCGCGGAUGUGGAGGUUGUUGCUAGGGACAUUGUGGAUGCGGAAAAUCAUAUGCCCAUGCCUGUUGUUAAAGAAGGUCGUCCGAUUAGGCAAUUGAAACCUUCUCAAUAUCUUAGUUUUCCUUACGUUUCGGUUCAAAAUGGCCCCCGAUAUCAUACAGGUGGGGUAACACACAACACACAACCGCCCCCCGUAUUUGUCAGCGAUCCCUCGACACUUUUAUUGGACCCAUAUGUGAAUCUGGGUUGUAAUGCUCCUGCUCUAUACAUGGCAAACAAACCGGCUAUUUUUUUGAAACAUCGAUUAUACAAUGAAAAAAUGGAAGCAAGGCUUUUGAAUGAGCGGAGACCGAACGAUGCUCGAUGGACAAUCAUGCCAUCGUCAUUUUUUGGUGGGUUUGAGAUGUUCCAGUGGGCAGGAAGUGCAACGGGAAAUUUGUUUGACCUAUUGGAUGGAUGUAAAUCUUGGCUGGAAGUUGACCGUGUAAGUAAAGAAAAUAAUAUAUCAGCGAAUUUAAUUGUAAUUAAUUGCAACGGUUGUGUGUUAAAACAUGUUUACUUUCCAAUAUGCAUCAACCCACAUCAUUGGGUACUUGGUGAGUUAUGGAUGGACACGCUGGCAUUAAAUUUGUACGACAGCUUCCGAUUAUUUGGUGCCGUGAAGAUUAUUGAUUUUGUUCGGUUUGAAGAGCUUUUGGACCGCAUUCUGGUGGAAAUUGAGUAUUGGAACCACAUGGGUUUGCCUGUUCAGAAAGCAUCCAUCAUUAUUACAGAUGUUACGGACGUACCCCAACAAGAGGGGAUGUAUGGAGAGUGCGGUGUGUUUAUGCUGAUGUUCAUGGAGCAACUUGUUUCAGGUCGACCGAUUGGUAUAUCGAUGACACCUGUUGUUGCUGCUACUCAGCUUCGUUAUAGGAUGCUACUCAGCUUCGUUAUAGGAUGGCCAUGA